CACUCUCCGCUAGGCUUGUGUUCACGAUUCCGUCAAUGGUCACUGUUUCCUUCGCGUAACAUCUUCCACUAUCCUUCAGAUCCGCACGCACGUCUUAAUUAUAUCAAUCUCGCUAGGGUUGCACCAACAUUUCGUUCCGUGGCUUCGAGUUCCGGGCUGAACCAUAUACGCGUAAAACCCACGACCGUUUCUGCACGCGCAAGGGGCAAAGAGGCAGAGCAAGGAGUGAGGAAAACUCCUUGCCUUACAAUGGAAUUGCUGAAUGUCAGUUGUGUUGAUUUCGACGCUUGAGGGGUAAAGAGUGUUUUCCAGUGCGAUUAUACGUGUGCUGCAGUGAAUCGCAGUGUCACGGGCAUUAGGGAAUUGAAACAAGUGCAACAAAGUGGAAUUGUGGCUGUGUGUUUGUGUGUCUGUGUGCACAAUACCACCUGCUUUGGGGUGGAUUCGUCCUGCCAAACGACGCUGGAGCAGGGAGAGGCAAAUGCACACAGGAAUUGCUGCAAGCUGGAUGUAGUAGCGCGCGUGUAACAAAGAGCACACACACACGCAAGCUGUCACCUGAAGCGUCCUCCACCCGUGCAUACGGUAGGGCUGAGGGCCGAUGAUUGUGUGGCUAACAGUCGUCAGGUGCUGAGCAACAAGCAUACGUUUCAGGCGCACUAGGGCAUCGCAGUAUCGCAAGCCCAACAUCGACAGUAGCAACGUGAGCUAGUAGUGUCGGCAGCGAAUGUGGGCAGUACUACGCGACACGGCAGUCGGGUUGCUUGCCGAAAUACACUCACUGCAGAAUGAGGCCAAAAUGUCAAUUAUAAUAGCAAUCGUCUUCAUGGGCUUGCUCGAGUUAGGAAGAUCGCAGUACCUAACGAACACUGUACAUAAGACAUCAGCUGCGACGGAGAAGAUUAAUGAUCUCUGGUGCUACUCGUGCAAUGCUACGGACGAUGGCGAGGCCUGUAUCGAUCUGUCGUCCGGAAAUAAUGCAUCCUUCGUUAAAAAGUGUAACCCGGAGGAAUUUAUCUGCAUGGUUAAACAGUUUUCCUACACAACCAGCACGGAAAAUUCCACCUCCACGCCGAAGCUGUGGUCGCUCGAGCGGCGCUGCAUCAGCAGCUGUGAGGCGGGUUGCAUAAUCAUAGGCGAGCGCACAAAGCUGUACGCCUGCACGAGCUGCUGCGAGAAGUCGCUGUGCAACACCGGCAAAGCCCACUCGACCAAUCCGAUCGCACACUUCCGGCGCACCUCAACGACACUGGCACUGGGCCUGCUGGUGCUGCUUAGCGUAAUGAAACCCACACUGUCGGUGAUACUCUAGUUUAGCGUACUUGGUAGAACGGAUGCAGGCUAACGUAUAGCGCAUAGUACUCUUAAUCGAAGCACAAGUUUUUUCUCCCAUCCACUUCAUCCCACUUCCUCCUUCCCCUCUUUCGGGCAAGCUUAUGAUAAGGCUUGAUAGUAUGGUGGCCAACAGAAGAGGGCGGGGUAAAAGAGAUACACACAGACCAAUGCUUCCAGGGACCCCACAAUAGAAUUUCCAUUAGAACACAAACGCUACGUUUGAUUAAAAAAGGGAAAAGAUUCACGUAGCCGCGUGAAGGUCGGAAUUGGUCACUCUCCUUUAAAGUAAACCCUAUUCGACCGUAAACUCCGUAAA